AUGAUUGUGUUAUUAGUUUUAGUUCUGUGUGCCACAGUAACAUUUCAAACUGAAGAACAGACCAUCAUUACUCCAACGGACCCUGCCAACGAUUCGCAAAAACCACAAAAUGGUACUGAUCAGAGGCUAAGGAAUGCAAUAGCUGCUUUGGGAAUACUACAAAAUGAUUUGAUUCAAGAUCAUUUGAAUUUAAACAGAACUGAACAAGCUAUACAAGAACAAAUCGAUUUGGUCGCACAGACGUUAUCAAUUAAUCGUACAAUACUUCAGUACUAUGUGGAAUGUGUGAACUAUAUUACAAAACGACAAUAUGGAUCAUAUAGUGGAGAAGAUGUAACAGUCCCGGGAUAUUCAACCACGUACAACUGUUUUACCACAGAAAUGGAAAAUUAUCAAGAAAUCACUACUGCAUACAACAAUGAAAUGUGUACAACACCUGAACCGAAAAAUCACACAGAUAUCAAACAAUUUCCCACUUUGAUUUUCAAUAAAUAUGAAGCUGCUGUGGUUUUCACCAAACAUAUAUAUGAUUCUCGAAACACAUCAAAGUCACUUGUUCAAAUCAUGAUAAUUACACAUGUCUUCAUAACUAUAACAAUAACAACUAAUACUACUGCUGAAACUACGAUUCACACUAUUACUACUACUACUACUACUACUACUACUACUACUACUACUACUACUACUACUACUACUACAAGUACUACUACUACUACUACUAUUUCUGCUACUACUAUUUCUACUACUAAUACUACCACUACUUCUACUUCCAAUGGUACUACUAUUACUACUACGGAGAUGUGCUGA